AUCUUUUGCAAUAACUGAUCUUCUCUCAACUAUUAUUGGUUUUUUAAUUUUUAUUUUUCCAUUCUUCUUCUCUCUUUAAUUUGCAGUCUAAGCCCUAAUUUUAUUAUUCAUAUAUCUUCCUUCCUCAAGACCCUAAACACAACAUGAUUGUGAAAGUAGUCUUGAAAGUGGAUGUACAAGAUGGAAAAGCCAAGCAGAAGGCUAUGAAAUCAGUUUCCACCCUCCCAGGGAUAAAUUCGAUAAUGAUGGAUAUGAAUGAGAGGAAGAUGACAGUAAUUGGAGAAGUAGACCCAGUUGAAGUAGUUGAAAAGCUUAGAAAGUUUUGGUUUGCUGAGAUUCUCACAGUUGGACCUCCAGAAGUAAUACAAGAAAAACUACCACCAACACCAACGAUAGACUGCUGGAUUCCCUAUCCAUAUUGUUAUCCAAAUUAUCCUAUCAUACUCGAAGAAAACCCAAAUCCUUGUGUUAUAUGUUAAUCAUAUUAUUUUCCUAUGGACCCAUUUUGCUUACCAUUUUAUUUCUAAAUUUUUGUUUUUGAAAAAAAAAUCUUUUUAUCAAGAAUUAAAUGGUUAUCAAAUUGAAUCUUAGUUACCGAUCGGUGAAGAUCUAUCUCACUUUGACUUUGUUUUGUUUGUUUGUAUGCAAGUGUGUUUUACGUUGUGUACUCUAAAGGAUGUUUUUUUUUUUUUAUUGAUAUGAUAAUGAAUGAAUUAUCAUG